AUGAGGUUGAAAGUGGAAGCCGGUUCGAUGGAGCUGCUUGAUCUCGGUGGUGUCGUUGCCAUUUUCGAGAGACUAGGUUGCCAUCAUUGCCUUCUCUCGGUUUUUUGUUUUGGUCAUCCGAAUGUUGACGUGCUUUUGGAUCGGUAUCUGACUCGAAAUUUGUCGUCGCCGAAGCCGGCCGAGAAUUUUGUUCCUGUAACGGAGUUUAAUCGCGAUUUCGCCGAUUUAGUGUCUAAGUUUGAAGUGGCAAAGAAGCGAGCAGAAGAAUUGACUCACGUGUCGGAGAAAUCGAGAAAUAACGGCGGAUUUUGGCGGGAGGAGGCGAUAGAAGGGAUGAGAUUAGAGGAAUGGAAGGAGUUUCGAUUGUCAUUCAUGGAUUCGAGAGCUAAAGUGGCAAAGAAAGUCGAGAAAAUGAUCCGAGGGCCUCUGUUGCCAUCGUCGUUUCACCUAGCCAAGAACCACCACACAAG